CAUGCCUGACGACAAAAGUCGUGCCAAUUGGGAACACGAGCCCGAACAGAGAGCAUCUCCUUCCAGCUUCAGCUCUGAAUCUUAAAACUCAUCAGUCCCCCCGUCCUUCCUCCUCAUCCUCGUCACUUUCCCCAAACAACGGACCCCUCUCGUGUCCAAUUGCGGCAUCCUGCUGUCUCACCCUACAGAGCACCAACCAGACGCCGCCGCGCCUUCCCAAAACGGCAGUGCAUUCACACUUGGACGCCCACGCCUUCGACCCGACUCCUCCCAGCACCAACAACCAACUCAUCCAACUCCAACCCCCCCAAGGUAAUCUCGACCCGGAGAUCUAAUCUCUCACGAUGGACGAGGUCGAUCGCGAGCUCGCCCUCGCCCAAGAGGAGUCCCGCCGGGACCACCACUUCGAGCACCCGCAUCCCCGCCCUAGCAGCGACGCCCUGCCUGCCGUCGACGAGGACGCCGUCGCCCACCACCGCCGCGCCAGCAACGAGAUUGAGCGUGUCGUCACCGCCGCCUCGUCCGCUUCCACCUCCUCUGCCGACACCAGGCCCGACGGCCUGCGCAGCCGCAGCGGUGUCGGCAUCAGCCGCGUCUCGACCCAGCGGGACCUCGAGCGCCACCCGACUGAGCUCAGUCGCAUCCAUACCGCCCGCAGCCAGCACAAUGCCACCGUCGGCCGCUCCUUGUCUGCUGCCACCGGCCGCUCCUCGCGCUCUCGCAAGCCUCUCCCCGCCUUCGGUGCCGGCAAGCCCUUCCCUCCGCCUCUGCCCGACCAGGAGGAGUACGUUGUCGAGUUUGAUGGCCACGACGACCCCUACCACGCCCAGAACUGGCCCACCAGCAAGAAAAUCGCUACGGCGGCCAUGCUUGGCUACACCACACUGACUGCCGCCUUUACCUCGAGUAUCUUUUCCGCGGCGACUGGCGCCGUCUCCGAAGAGUUUGGCGUCAGCACCGAGGUUGGCAUCUUGGGUGUUUCUCUCUACGUUCUCGGAUUUGCGUUCGGUCCAACUUUCUGGGCUCCCUUAUCCGAGCUGAAGGGCCGCCGCCUGCCGCUGGUCAUCUCCAUGUUUGGGUUCUCGAUCUUCUGCGUCGCCUGUGCCGUCGCCAAGGACUUGCAGACACUCCUCAUCAGCCGCUUCUUUGCUGGCUUCUUCGGCGCCUGCCCCUUGGCAGUCGUCGCCGCCGUCUUCUCCGACAUGUUUGACAACUCGACCCGUGGUGUGGCCAUUACCAUCUUCUCCAUGUCCGUCUUUUCGGGACCUCUCCUGGCCCCAUUCAUUGGUGGUUUCAUCGUCAUGUCGUAUCUCGGCUGGCGCUGGACCAUGUACAUCGCUGCCAUCAUGGGCUUCGUGGCCUUUGGAUUCAACAUUAUCUUCCUGCAGGAGACCUACCCUCCCGUCAUUCUCGUUGAGAAGGCUGCUGAGCUUCGCCGGAGGACCAAGAACUGGGGCAUCCACGCCAAGCAGGAAGAAAUUGAGGUCGACUUCGGCGAGCUCAUCUCGAAGAACUUCAGCCGUCCCAUGCGCCUGCUGUUUGGCGAGCCGAUCGUCACUGCCCUGUCCGUCUACAUGGCCUUCAUCUACGGUCUUCUCUAUCUUUCGCUCUCGUCGUACGGUUUUGUCUUCCAAGGCGUCCACGGCUUCAACCUCGGCGAAUCUGGACUUGCCUUCUUCGGCAUGAUCAUCGGCCAGCUCAUCGCAGGUACCGUUGUGCUGUUGAUGCAGCCCUCCUACCAGCGCAAGCUGGCUGCCAACAACGGUAUCCCUGUUCCCGAGUGGCGUCUCCCCGUUGUCAUCUCAGGCGGUGUUGCGUUCGCUGGGGGUCUCUUCUGGUUCGGCUGGUCGGGAUACAACCCCAAUGUCCACUGGAUUGUGCCGGCUGCCUCUGGAAUCUUGACCGGUUACGGGCUUAUGGCCAUCUUCCUUCAAGCUCUCAACUACCUCGUGGACGCCUAUCUCAUGUUUGCCGCCUCUGCCAUUGCCGGUAACACCUUCCUUCGAUCGCUUUGCGGAGCCGCCUUCCCUCUUUUCGCGCAGUACAUGUUCAAAGGACUUGGCAUCCAAUGGGCCUGCACCCUACUCGGCUGCGUAGCUGUGUUGCUUAUUCCAAUCCCCGUCCUAUUCUACCUGUACGGACACAAGAUCCGGGCCAAGAGCAGCUUUGCUCCUACCGGACCCCUCAAGCCGCCCUCGAACAACGGAACUGGUGACUCCUCGAACGGCGAAAGCCCCGUGGAAAAGCAGGACAGCCGCAUCGACCACGCCGCUGCCUCGAACGUGCCCAGGGAGCAGAACACGUCCCGGGCGUGACGUGUUAGUCAUGAUUUAGCGGUUUCGCGAAGUUGAUGUUGUAGAGAGAGUUUGGAUUAAAGCAUCUUGAAUUACGCAUGGCGAACAGAUACACCUAUUGAACAAUAUGUCACGAGCUACAGACUGAGUCUAUUGAUCAAUCUUUAUAUAGAUAAUUCAUAAUAUAAUAGAAACCAUGCCAA